AUGACCAGCAUCAUCACACAGAGCGAGAUUAUACCACCCGAUGGAUCUAAAUGCAAGGUUAAAGUCAAUGGAGAAUUCUCAGAGGAUUUUGAUAUAAAUACUGGUGUGAGACAAGGAGAUGAGAAAUGGGUGAUAAGCAAGAGAACUGAGAAACGACUUAUAGUGUUCGAAAACAAGAUUCUAAGGAAAAUCUUUGGACCAACCUUUGAAAACGGAGAAUGGAGAGUUAAGCACAACAGGGAGUUGAGAGAGUUGUACAGGGACCCAAAUAUUGUGGCUGAGGUGAGAAGUAGGAGAUUGAGAUGGGCAGGCCAUGUGUUAAGAAAGGAAGAGGGAUCCUUAGUGAGAAACACCCUAAACAACAACCCCGAGGGUAGAAGACCUCCUGGAAGGCCCAAGUUGAGGUGGAGAGAUCAAGUGAGAAGAGAUCUGAGAAGAAUGGGAAGAAGAGAGGAUGAAGCAAUGGAUCGUGCAGUCUGGAGGCAGUGUGUUGGCGAGGCAAAGUACCUCCUUGGGUACCAAGAGCCACGGCAUGAUCUAAUGACGCAAUCUAUCCAACAUUUCUUGGUCAACGAUGAAGUGAUCAAGUAUUCAAUCUCUGCUGCAGCUGCAAUCAUUUCUCUGGCUGAAGAAGACAUAGUCCUAAACAGCCUCAGUCCAGUAGGGUUUCAGCUUAACGAAGACGGACGACAUUGGACAAGCUCCUGCACCUCGUCAAUGACACGGUUAGCCUUGACGGAUGGGCCGAGAUUUGUGGAGCCUAUCCCCAACGUAACCGUCGUGCUAGGCAGGGAUGCCAACCUUCCCUGCGUAGUGGAGAACCUUGGACAGCACAAGGUUGCCUGGAUCCACAUUGACCGUCAAAUGAUACUGACAAUACACCGCCACGUGAUAUCGCGAGUGCCGAGAUUCAGCGUGAGUCACUCACAGAACACGUGGCUUCUACACGUGACAGGAGCUCAACAGGAAGACCGAGGCUAUUACAUGUGUCAGGUCAACACGAACCCCAUGAUCAGCCAGGUCGGCUACCUGCAGGUCAAAGUCCCUCCCAACAUCGUAGACGAGGAGAGUACGCCGUCUUCCGUGGCAGUGAGGGAAAACCAGAACAUCUCCUUGGUUUGCAAAGCGGAGGGCCUUCCAACCCCAAAAGUCACCUGGAGACGAGAAGACGCUCAGAUGCUUAUGAUGGACAGGAGAAACGAAGUGUUGUAUUACGAAGGAGACUAUCUCAAUAUAUCCCGCAUCAGCCGCAAGGACAUGGGUGCCUACAUGUGUAUAGCCUCCAACGGGGUGCCUCCAUCAGUGGCGAAGAGAAUAGUAGUAGACGUGGAAUUCUCUCCGAUGAUCUUCGUGCCGAACCAGCUCGUAGGCGCUCCUACGGGCACCAACGUGACUCUUGAGUGUUUGACGGAAGCUCACCCUCGUUCUAUCAACUACUGGGUCUAUCAGGGGAACAUGCUGCUGCCUACAGCCAAACACACCAUGAGCGCUAACGUCAACGGCUACAGAGUUAAAAUGCGACUUACAAUACAUAGUCUGCACAAGCGGGACAUCGGCAACUACAGAUGCGUCAGCAAAAACUCCCUAGGUGAAACCGAAGGUUCAAUCCGACUUUAUGAUAUUCCACGACCAUCUGUUCCUCCAAAAAUAGUGUUAUCCAGCAGUCCUAAGAGACAAGAGAGGCCAGUAAACUGGGUGACAAGUUCCACAACCCCUACAUAUCCCUCUGAGUGGAGCAGAGGGUCCAUGAGCUCGCCCUUCCUAGUUCAGACGGAGGAGGAAGCAGAUAAUAGUUACUGCAAUAGACGGGAGUCUUCAUACAUCCUCAUUGUAGCCACUUCACUCUUCAUUCUACGGUUAUAAUCCUCCUCAUAUUAAUAUAAAUAUGUAAUCUAUGUAAUCUAUGACAUAUCUGUUUAAGGAUAUAUUUUUCAAUCACAUUGUAAAUAUGUUGAUAUUAAUACGUCCAUAUCUUUUGGCACAAGAACGAGAUAUUAGUUACAGGAAAGUUUAUUUUUUUACAUACACUAUAGGUCGGCCGCUUCGAAAACUACUUCCUCUUGCAUGCACGACCAAUGCUCGCGCAGGUCGCUAUCCGU